GCUCUUUUUUACUCACCGGAAACACCAUUUUCUGGAGAUUGCUGAUUAAAAUUCUUCCAAUCUGGUUUGUGUCCGGAAAAUCCUCCGCGAUCGGAGAGAUGGAGAGAGUGGUGAGGUACGGCAUCAUCGGCGUGGGAAUGAUGGGGAGGGAACACAUGUUUAAUCUUUCCUACCUCCGCGGCGAGGGCGCCGUUCUCACCUCUGUCGGCGAUCCCCAUCCUCCUUCCCUCGACCUUGCAGUCGACCUUGCCCAUUCUUUGCAGCUCCCUCCUCUCCAGGUGUUUCCGGGACACCGAGAGUUGCUUGACAGUGGGCUGUGCGAUGUGGUGGUCGUAGCAUCUCCAAACAUGACUCAUUUUGAAAUACUUAUGGAUAUUAUUAAUCAUCCAAGACCUCAUCAUGUUUUGGUGGAGAAGCCCCUGUGCACUACUGUACAGGAUUGCAAAAAGGUUGUGAAAGCAGCUGCAAAAAGGCCGGAGAUAUUAGUUCAAGUUGGCUUGGAGUACAGGUAUAUGCCUCCAGUAGCUAAACUAAUCGAGAUAGUUAGAAGCGGAACAAUUGGACAAAUCAAAAUGGUGUCGAUCCGUGAACAUCGAUUCCCUUUUUUGGUUAAGGUAAAUAAUUGGAACAGAUUUAAUGCUAACACUGGUGGAACUUUGGUUGAGAAAUGCUGCCACUUUUUUGAUUUGAUGAGACUAUUUGCAGCUGCAAAUCCAGUUAGUGUUAUGGCUUCGGGGUCUAUUGAUGUCAAUCACAAAGAUGAAAUAUAUGACGGAAAGGUUCCAGAUAUGAUUGACAAUGCAUACGUUAUUGUAGAAUUCAAUAAUGGUUCUCGUGGCAUGCUUGAUCUUUGUAUGUUCGCCGAGGGGAGUAAAAAUGAGCAAGAAAUCUCUGUUGUUGGUGAUACUGGGAAG